AUGUCGAGCACGCCACCGGAAUCGUCCAUCGGUUUAGAGUCGAACGAUCUCCACGAGAUCAGACAGAAUCGCGCGGCGAGCCGAUCGGAGCCCUCCGAGGACUCCGAGAAACGGGAUCAGAUACGAGGAAGUGACGGCAACAACCCUGACAGCGAUUGCGAGAGCGACACCAGCGAGGUGUUGAGCGUCGGUAGCGAACCGACGCCCACCAGCGUCGUUGGAAUCCGUGGUUGCGACUCGGUCAGGUACGACCACGAGUCGGCGAGCAGUCGCGGCGACUUUCGCGACGAGGAGAACACGAGGAUAUCGGCGACGCCGUCUCCUUCCAGCUCGACGAGCUGCAACGAUGCGUUCUAUCAGCGAACCGUUAAUCACAUCUCGGCACCGAGUCCACCGGCCUACAGUCAACCACCGUCGUCGCCUACGGCCUCCUCGGUCAGGUCGCCGGCUUCCUCUUCGGCCACUGCCUCGUCCCCGGGUCGGCCCGAGGCCAUUCAAGACGUCAUAGUGCCCAGGUAUCAGUCGAAUCAUCCCGCGCAACACUUGCUACCGCGAUAUUCGUCGAGGGAGACCGAGAUACCCGAUUAUCCGGCUCGAGUUCAGCACAGUCUGAGCCACGAGAUCGUCUACCCGACCGUGGAGAGGCUUCACCGGACUCCGAUCAGCGUUCCUUUGGUCACCAGACUGUCGUUGUCACCACCGUCUGCUAUGACGGUCACCGGCUUGCAAGCGACCACCCCUGUCCUCCAUCCAACCGCCUGCAGAGAUCCUCGGGAGACGGCCUCGUUGAUGCCUCAUCCUGGCCAUCAGCAUUUGCACCACGUGAACAGCCACGUUCACCUUCAUCAAACGUCCCAGGUGCAACACGUCCCGGCCAACUCGGUGCAUCAGCAUCGACUCUCGGUCAGCAAGAUCCUUCAGAGGGAGCCUGGUAGCCCUGCCUCACCCGGGGCCAGAGAGGAGAACGGCAGAACGAUGCACGCCGCCAAUGGCCUUCAGAAUAACGGCCAUCAGGCUGGCUUGAAGUUCAGCAUAGACAACAUACUAAAGGCGGAUUUCGGUAGAAGGAUCACCGACCCGAUUUCGUUGAAGAAAUCUCGGCCGAAGAAGAUCAGCUCGAGGCCCAUCGACCUGACCAAGGAUUUCCUCGAGUCGGCCACCGAGACCGCCACGGAGAAGAACAGCUCGGAAACGAGCUCGACGACCAACGCCACGUCCGGCGGCGGUGUGACGACCGGGAAUCCAGCCUCGAACACGCCCGGACCACCUGUGACCAAUCCCGGCAAGCAGUUACCGUGGCCUGCCUGGGUCUACUGCACCAGAUACUCGGAUCGACCUUCCUCCGGUCUGAAAGGAAUCGACGGUUACGCAAGUUACGAAACGGCUGUAACAACCGCUCUGUCACGACUUCAACGAUUUUAUUUAGAUUACAUCUUUUCCUCUCGGCUUCGACUCGGCCAACUAAUUAUCCCAGCGAUGCUCACGACAGAAAAACGUCGUGUUCGUGACGAUAGCCGCCGGAAUGAGUAA